UCUCCCUCUCUCUCUCCUAACUCUCCUCUUCCUUUAAUGGCGAUCUAGGUUCUAAAAAAUGGCAGCUUUUUAGACAAUCAUUCACCUCUGCAUUUUUUAUUUUUGAAUUCCAUUUGGCCGCCGGAGAUGGGAUCCAGGGAGUACACCGAAAUUCCCCUCGCCGACUCCGUUGAUUUUGAACUCGGCCUUGUCCACCGGACAUCCUCGCCUGAAUAUUUAGGAGGCGGCGGCGGCGGAAGCGCAGGAAAGCUGCCAAAGUCAGAGAAGAAAAAGAGCUUCGCAAGGCUAAUGGUAUCGAGGUCGGGGGUGGAACAGGGAGCGGAGAAGACCCCAUGUCCAAUACAGAGACUGCAAUCGAACGCAGAAAUGGGGCUCCGAGGACUUCGGUUCCUCGACAAGAACAGCAGCAAGGAAGGAGAAGGGUGGAAGGCGGUGGAGAAGAGGUUCGAGCAAUUCGCCGUUGCUGGGAAGCUGCACAAGGAGAAUUUCGGCCGAUGCAUUGGAAUGGCAGAUUCCAAAGAAUUUGCGGUGGAACUAUUUGAAGCACUGGCAAGAGGGCGAGGCUUGGAUCCUGAGAACAGCAUCUCAAAAGAUGAACUUAAGGAGUUCUGGGAAGAGAUGACUGAUCAAAAUUUCGAUUCCCGUCUUCGGAUUUUCUUUGAUAUGUGCGACAAGAAUGGUGAUGGAAAACUCACUGAAGAUGAAGUGAAAGAGGUGAUAAUUUUAAGCGCAUCUGCAAACAAACUAGCCAAACUGAAGGGACAUGCCACAACCUAUGCUUCUCUCAUCAUGGAAGAACUUGAUCCAGAUCAUCUUGGUUACAUUGAGAUAUGGCAACUGGAGACCUUGCUUCGUGGAAUGGUUAACUCUGAAGAAAAUAAUGAGAAGUUGAUGAAAAGAUCACAAACACUCAUGAAGACAAUGAUACCGAGCCGAUAUCGAAACACCAUCAACUGCUCGGUGAACAAAGCCAUGGAGUUCGUUCUUGAGAACUGGAAGAGAAUUUGGGUCCUCGGCCUCUGGUUGUUACUUAACACAUCCCUUUUUUCUUGGAAAUUCUAUCAGUAUAGGAGAAGAGUAGCAUUUGAAGUGAUGGGUUACUGCGUUUGUAUUGCAAAAGGCGCUGCCGAAACACUAAAAUUAAACAUGGCUCUCAUUCUCCUUCCCGUCUGUCGCAACACACUGACGACGCUUAGGUCAACAAGUCUGAGUUCCAUAUUUCCUUUUGAUGACAACAUCAACUUUCAUAAGACUGUAGCAGUAGGAAUUACUAUCGGUAGCUUGGUGCAUACAAUAUUCCAUGUGACGUGUGAUUUUUUGAGAUUGGUUUCAUGUCCAAAUCAAAAGUUCAUGGGAACAUUAGGAGUUGAUUUUCAUUUCAAACAACCAACAUAUCUUGAUCUGCUUGCGAGCACUCCUGGGUGGACCGGGACGACCAUGAUUGUCCUCAUGGGCUUCUCCUUCAUAUUGGCAACUCAUUCUUUUAGGAGGAAUGUGGUGAAACUUCCAUCACCUUUCCAUUACUUAGCCGGUUUUAAUGCUUUUUGGUAUGCUCAUCACCUCCUUGCUAUUGUCUAUGUGCUCCUCAUCAUCCAUUCAUUCUUUAUCUUCCUCACCCAUGAAUGGUACAAGAAGACGACAUGGAUGUAUAUUGUGGUUCCUGUGGCAUUCUACACCUGUGAGAGGUUGAUCAGAGCAUUCCGCGAGAAACAUUAUCGUGUUAACAUUGCUAAGGCUGCCAUAUAUCCUGGCAAUGUUCUUUCAAUACACAUGACAAAGCCACCAGGCUUUAGAUAUAAAAGUGGGAUGUAUCUUUUUGUUAAAUGUCCCGAUGUGUCACCAUUUGAAUGGCAUCCAUUUUCAAUCACUUCUGCGCCCGGUGAUGAUCACUUGAGUGUUCAUAUUAGAACCUUGGGAGACUGGACAACUGAGCUUAGAAAUUUAUUUGGAAAGGUCUGUGAGGUUCAGGUAACUUCUAAAAAUGUAAUAAGUCUAGCACGAUUAGAAACUACAGUUGUAGCAGAUGCUACAUUUCAAGAAACAAGAUUUCCAAAGCUUCUAAUUGAUGGACCUUAUGGAGCACCAGCUCAGAGCUACACUAAAUAUGAUAUCCUUCUCCUCAUUGGACUUGGAAUUGGUGCAACUCCUUUCAUUAGCAUAUUGAAGGAUCUUAUAAACAAUAUAAAGUCAAAUGAAGAAGCACAAAGCAUAAGUAUGUCAGAUCUGAACAACAAUAAAAGUAAAUGUCCAGAAAGAGCUUACUUUUACUGGGUGACAAGAGAACAAGGCUCCUUUGAAUGGUUCAAAGGUGUAAUGAACGAUGUUGCAGAGAGUGAUCAUAAUAAUAUUAUAGAAAUGCACAAUUACCUGACGAGUGUAUAUGAAGAAGGUGAUGCUAGAUCAGCUCUUAUAGCUAUGGUUCAAUCACUGCAACAUGCGAAGAAUGGAGUAGACAUCGUCUCGGGAAGCCGGAUUCGAACUCACUUUGCAAGGCCAAACUGGAGGAAAGUGUUCAGUGAAUUAGCAAAUGCCCACAAAUCUUCUCGUAUUGGUGUUUUUUAUUGUGGCUCACCGACACUAACAAAACUACUGAAGAAACUUUCACAAGAAUUCAGUCAUACUACGACAACUCGGUUCCAUUUUCACAAAGAGAACUUCUAGUUUUAGCAGAGAGGAAGUAAUUUGAAAUAACAUAGAGUUGUACAGUUACAAAAAAAAUGGCGAGGGUGGGAGUGGGACGGGAAUGAGAAGAUAAAUAUUUUCUUAGUAUAUGUUUGGAGAGAAAUUCAAUAGAAGUGUGAAAGUGAAAUUGUUUUCAAUUUAAAUGAGGGAUUUUGGGGUG